UUAAUGAUUCCACAUAUGUUUUAAUUUGACAAUGCAAGCAAGCAAAGCAUUGAUUCCAAUACCAUUCAACAAUAUUUCUUGCUUCAUUCCCAUUCUUUUCAUUAUAUUCCCAAACCCUUUUAUAUAUGUUUGCACUAUUCAUAUAUAGAAAUUUCAAACAAAGGUAACAACAACACUAAUAUCAUCUUUAUCACUUGUAGAAAUAAGGAUAACUACUCAUAAUAGUGUUAUUAUAACUUCUAUUAUCAAACUGUGAAGAAUAGUACCAAACCAACCAAACAAAGUAUUACAUUUUUUAUGUUCCAUAAUGUAUAAAUCAAAGGAUAAAGAUAGUACAAUAGUCAUAACAAGAAGUAGUGGUAAUGGUGGUGGAAACGGUAGUAGAGAAACCUCAUCGAGUAAUUGGCAAACAUCUCGGGAAAAAAGUACAAAGAGGACUAAAACAAUUCAUCCACCUAUUGAAUGUCAUUGGCAAUUGCCUCCUAUAAAGGAGGACAAAAAAUCAUCUCUUUCUUCUUCUUCUUCUUCUUCUUCGAGCUUUAAGUCGAUGUUAUCAUAUCCUCUAAAACUCGGUGGAGCAAUGAAAAAGAUUGGAAGAACAAAAAGCAUGCAACAAGUUCUUGAAGGCAACCAUGAUCCGAAAGAUGAACAUCUUGUUCAAUCUUUUCGCGAAAUGCUUUUUCUUGAGGUUCAACUUCCACCAAAACAUAAUGAUUAUCAUACCCUUUUGAGAUUUCUUCGAAUGAGAGACUUUAAUUUUGCUGAAGCUAAAGAAAUGUUCUUGAAUUAUCUUAAAUGGAGAGAAGAAUACAGAGUUGAUGCUAUUCACAAGGAGUUCAAAUUUGAGGAGCAUGAGAGAGUAAAGAAGUGUUAUCCACAUGGUUUUCAUGGGGUUGAUAGAAAUGGGAGACCAAUAUACAUAGAAAGGAUUGGAAUGAUUGAUGUAAAUCAACUGUUACAAGUUACAACUGUUGAAAGAUUUGUGAGGUACCAUGUUUCAGAACAAGAGAAGACAUUGAAGCUUAGAUACCCUUCUUGUUCCAUUGCUGCAAAAACUCAUGUUGCUUCAACCACAACCAUUCUAGAUGUCCAAGGAGUGGGAUUGGCUAAUUUCUCAAAGCCUGCAAGAUACAUCUUCAUGGAAAUUCAGAAGAUUGAUAGUUGUUACUACCCAGAGACAAUGCAUCGUCUGUUUAUUGUGAAUGCUGGUUCUGGAUUUAGAAUGCUGUGGAAAGUAGUCAAGGCUUUUUUAGAUGCACGUACUCUAGCCAAGAUUAAGGUGUUGGGAUACAACUACCUUAAUGAGUUACUUGAAGUUAUUGACCUAAGUUGCUUGCCAACAUUUCUGGGUGGAAAUUGCACGUGUGAUGACUAUGGUGGGUGUUUGUUAAGUGAUAAAGGACCUUGGAAUGAUCCUGACAUUGCAGAAAUUGUUCAGGCAAUUACGACAACAACAGAUGAGGAGAAUAACAAUGGUGAAGAAGAUCACAUUGAAACAACAGCUCCACAGUCUGCAUUGGCACGCAAUAUGAAAAUCAGAGGUUUGGAAACAGCACUUGCAGACACAAAAAAGAAAAUUGAGGCAUUGGAAGAUCUACUUGAUCAAACCAAGAUUGCCUUAAAAGGGCUGACUCUGCAUAUUGAAGACUUGAAAAGCUUUUAGGACACUUUCAAUUUGUUAGAUUUUAUUAUUUUUUUUCUUCCGUUUUUUAUUAAUUAUUCCUCCUAAAAUCAAACCCAAUAUUUGUAUGUAUUAUAUAACACAAAUUUCUCAAAUUAUUAUUGGAGAAUUCACAUGUACAACACUAAGUCAUAAAAGUGUUAAAAAAAAAUAAGAAAAUAAGUGUUGCAUGCAAA